GCUUACUUCAGAGGACCAGGGCAUAGUGUGUGUGAUAACUAGCUCACCUACUGCCCAACACACGCAACCACACUUGGGAUUACCAAUCUCACGGUUACUGAGAAUUCUGCCUUUGUUUUUCCAGGAUGGCUGAAGCUGAACUUCACAAGGAAAGGCUCCAAGCCCUUGCGGAAAAACGAAAAAGACAAGCUGAGAUCGAGGACAAAAGAAGACAGCUCGAUGAACUUGUUCUUCAACUUCAACAUUUCAAGUCUAAAGCCAUGAGGGAGAGAUGGCUUCUUCAGGGGACACCAGCGGCGCUACAAGAGGAAGACGAAGACCGCAGGAAACAGGUUGAGCAAGAUGAACUUCACAUCAAAAGGCUAGAGGAUACCAUUCACAGAUUGGAAUCAGAAAUCUGUCAUUUGGAGAAUGAAGAAUUACAGAUCUCAGCUAAAGAGCAGGUUCUCCGAGAGCGACUGCGGGAAACAGAGAGAUCCAUUGAAGAUCUGCAGAAGAGUCUUCAGAAUCAAGAUGGAGAUGCGGUGAAUUACAACUGCUCGCAGAUCCCUGGUCUCCCAGAACUGAACUCCCAAACUCCAGUCUCAGCUUCAGGGGAUCAUCAGCCGCCAAGAAAACCUGCAUUAUACGCCAUGGAGAUCAAUGUGGAGAAGGACCGGAAAACGGGUGCCACCAAGAUCCUCUCAGCCUCGGCCGUCAGCCCGCAGGACGCUCACCAGAGGGGCGUCAAGGUCUACGACGAUGGCCGAAAAGUGAUCUACGAGGUGCGUUCUGGGGGAUCGACUACAAUGGAGAACGGCACGCAUGCCUGGAGUCCCGGAGAGAUGAACCAACUCAUGCAACAAGUCGGCGGGAAGCAACAACCAAGUGACGGAGCACGGGUGACCGUCACGCCAGCGGAGCCACAGCAAACAGGAGGACAGCUGAGCGCCAAAGAGCCCAAGCAGGACAAGAAACAAAACCAUAGCAAAGGCUACGAGGGGGAGGUCACGGAGACUCCGAAGGCCUCCGCUGACAAACCCGUCACCAUGAUCUUCAUGGGAUACCACAGCAUUGAAGACGAAGAGGAGUCCAAGAAGCUGCUAGGCUUUGAUGGCACCAUCAAGGCCGAGAUUGUCCUUAUCGACGAGGAUGAUGAGAAAUCUCUGCGGGAGAAGACGGUCACUGAUAUCUCCACCAUCGACGGCAAUGCAGCAGACCUGGUGUCGGGACGGCCUUUGUCCGACACCACUGAACUGUCCUCAGAAGGCAAAGAGGAAAGCUCGACCAAGGAACUGCCAUCUACAGGUAUUGAAAAGAAAAAACGCUGCCAGUGCUGUGCUGUCAUGUGA